AUGUCGAAUUUGUCACUAAAGUGUUUGAUGGAAACAAACAAGUUGACUGGGUCAAACUUCACGGAUUGGCUCUGUUGCUUGCAACUGGUCUUAAGGCUAGAAAAGAUUGAGUACGUCUUGGACGUUUCAAUCUCUGUGAUUCCUGACAAGAAUUCUGCAGAGUAUGCUUCGUUUGACGGAGCUUCUCACAAGAAGCAUGUUGAGGAUGCAACUACGGCUCAGUGUGUAAUGUUGACUUUAAUGAAUGCGGAGUUACAGAGGCAACACGAACACAUGUUCUCUCGUGAAAUGCUAAAACACUUGAAGAGUCUGUAUGCUUCGGAAGCUCAGACCAUGGAGUAUGAGAUACUCCGAGAUCUCUUUAGGUGUAAGCUUCAUGAUGGGGGUUAG